CGAGGGGUAGCUCCACCGGGAGCGUUGUGGGUGGGGCCCGCAGAGCCCGCCUCCCCACCUCCCCCGGCGGCGCCCCAGGCUGCAGUGUUCGGGGCGCUGGGUUAUAAAAUGCCGGGUUAAGCAGCGACUCAGACUUAGGAUCCCGCUCACGACAUGGCCUCGGGUGCUCGGUUCCCGCCGCAGCCGUCGAGCUCAGAGGUCAGGGCAGUCCAGAGCCCAGACGGGCGUCCAGGCGCCGGUCUGGAGGAAGCAGCCCUGGGCGUUCCUCUCCCGCCGUCUCCGGGGGAGGCCCCUCUGCCUCCGAGCACCCGGAGCAGGUGCCCUGGGACCAGCCAGCCCGGAGCGGCUUCCCUCCACGCGGCGUCCGCGACAGUCCCCCUGCGGCCCCAGCGCAAUACGGCGACGGCCGGGAGAACCGCAGACCCGGUCCCCGCCGCCGCCCCAGAGCAAGCUCCGCGGCCUGCUCCACAGUCCCUCAAGCCGCGCAACCUGGAAGGCGUCCUUGACGAGCGCCGGCUGCUCUGCCACUUGCAGCUGGCCCAAGACCGCGAGGCGCGCCUGUGGCGGGGCGGCAAACCCCAGCGGGAUGAAAUCUGCAAUGCCUUCGAGUCAGUCGUGCUGUGGCUCCUGCGGCUUCAGAACAUCUUUUACUUCUCCCAGUCCACUUUUAACCUGGCCCUCACCAUCUUCAGCCGCCUCCUGAUUUCAGUGAAGGUAAAAGAGAAAUACCUACAUUGCGCCACAAUUACUUCCUUGAGGCUUGCUGCAAAAGUUAAUGAAGAACAGGAGUUUAUUCCACAAGUAAAAGACUUUAUAAAGCACUAUGGCUCUGACUAUUCCCCGAAUGAGCUGCUAAGGAUGGAGCUGGCUAUUCUGGACAGACUGCACUGGGACCUUUAUAUUGGGACGCCGCUGGACUUCUUGACUAUAGUGAGUAAGGAGGCGUUUACAGAGUCUACCCUAAACUCGUUUGUGCCUUUGGAACAGCUGUUUACAACAUAGGACGGCAAAGCACAGGCAUGUACACGCCCUUGCACAUGCACCACAGUGAGGUGACCCACAAGGCUCAUGACAUACGGGAGAGUGAAAAGGUAUCUUAAAUCCAACACAGUUCCACCAGACUCCCACUUCUAAAGGACAUUAAAUUAACUUUACAAAGAUUUUUAGACGGCACUAUUAUGGUUUCUCUUUUAAAUACACACUGCAAAAAUAUUUAACUUUCCAUUCUAUGAAUACUGUACAUAAAUAUCUGUCUGCUUUUGCUACACUUUACACACAUUCACUUAGCUGUCUUUAGUCACCUACACACAAUCCUUAUUGAGGCUUUAGACCAUAUUGAUCUGGCACUUAAAAAAAUAUCAUACAUUAGUUUGUAUUUGUUUUAGUUGGGGGAAUGAUGGUCAUCCUUAAGGAUAUGAUUCUGUUAGUAAGGCAAAAUUAUGCAAUGUGGAAAUCUCAUGGGGUUUUGGUUUGUUAUGAAGCAUGAAGAUUAAAUUACUAAGGGCUGUUUCAUUAUGAAAACUGGCCACUGUUGCCAAGUUGCAGAGUUUCUUAUGAUAAGCAGAUACAAGUAACUUUUCUGC